CAACCAUGAUAGGGCACAGGCAGAAUAAAGACGAAGACGAGCUCACGCCUGUUGCGUCUGAUCAGGUUGGAGAUGUUGAAGACAUCAAGAAGCCUGCUACGCAUGAUGCCGUGUUCGGAGACGUGUCGAAGGAUGGACCGAAUUAUCGCAAUCUUGGAUGGAUCGGAACAGUCGUCCUGAUGAUGAAGACGCAAAUCGGCCUGGGCGUGCUUUCUAUCCCACUAGUGUUCGACACUCUUGGAUUGAUCCCGGGAGUCAUCUGCUUGAUGGUUAUCGCAACGAUGACGGGAUGGUCAGCAUAUGUUAUUGGGAUCUUCAAACUGAAUCAUCCUGAGGUAUAUGGCAUAGAUGAUGUUGGACAACUCAUCUUUGGUCGACCAGGCCGCAUCUUCAUUGCCAUCGUCUUCUGCCUCCUCUGGACACUUGUCGCAGGAUCAGGCAUGCUAAGCAUGUCCAUCGGUCUCAAUGCACUGUCUAGCCACGGCACAUGCACUGCUGUCUUCGUUGCCGUCUCGGCAUUCGCAGGCUUCCUGGUUGCUUCGAUCAGAACGCUGGGAAAGCUGACGUUCGUUGCUUGGGUCGGCUUGUUUGGCAUCAUUGUGUCCAUCUUCACACUCACGGUCGCUGUGGGCGUUCAAGAUAGACCUUCUGCAGCACCUCAAGAUGGUCCGUGGAGCUCAGAUUACAAACUCACGAACACGCCAAAGUUCGCACAAGCCAUUUCUGCUAUCGCCUCACUUGUGCUAGCGUACGCUGGCACACCAGCCUAUUUCUCGAUCAUCUCGGAGAUGCGUGACCCGCGCAAAUACACCAGGUCUUUGAUCAUCUGCCAGAGCGGCAUCACCAUCACGUACAUCGUCAUCGGAGUGGUUGUCUAUUACUUCUGCGGGUCGUACGUCGCAUCGCCUGCGUUGGGUUCUGCAGGUCCGACAAUGAAGAAAGUCUGCUAUGGUCUGGCGUUACCAGGUCUGCUAGCAACCACGACCAUCACUAUCCAUAUCCCGGCAAAGUACGUCUUCGUCCGCCUGAUGAAGGGAACCAAGCACUUGAACAGCAACUCCGCCAUCCACUGGGGCGUGUGGAUCAGCUGUACGGCCGGCAUCGCCAUCACAGCCUACAUCGUCGCCAGCGCCAUCCCAGUCUUCGGGAGCCUUGUCGCGCUGAUCGGGGCUCUGUUCGGCACUCUUCUCUCCUUCCAGCCGAUGGGUUGCAUGUGGCUUUACGACAACUGGCAUACAGACAAGCGUGAUUGGAGGUGGAAGUUCAUGGUCGGCUGGAGUGUGUUCAUUAUCGUCGGAGGCACGUUCUUGAUGAUUGCGGGAACAUAUGGAGCGAUUGUCGAUAUCAUUGCGGCGUACAGUGCAUCUGGUGGAUCUUCUGCUUGGGGUUGUGCGGAUAAUUCGAAUUCUACGUAG